UCAAUCAUUUUGGCCAUGCUGCGAUGGAAACUCGUCGACCAGAAAUACACCCACCCACCGCAUCGCAUCAGUUUGCCCUUACCGAACCCCGGCAUCCGGAUGGAUCGUCGUCGAGCCGCGCUCCUUUUGAUUCUCAUUUGGAGUUAUUCCCUGGCGGUUACUUGUCCACCCCUGUUCGGAUGGGGUCAUUACGAUCUUGUAGCCGCCCACAUAAGUUGUUCCGUGAAAUGGGAGUCGAAGAAGAAGAGCAACCAGUUGUAUAUCAUGUACAUUUUCAUAACGGGGCUCUUGAUCCCAAUGCGGCAGCAAUCGUCGCCUCCUACGGCAACAUUCUGCGCUCCGUUCGAAAUUGGAAGGCAGAAAUGAUGAGCUGCAAGACGGAAACGAAUCCGCAGCCAAUGGCUCAGCUGUUGCACAGCCCAGCACAAAAGAAGGCGAGCCGGCAGAGCGAAGCGGCCGAGAAACGGUCGACAGUGAUGGUGGCCGUCAUGAUCGCUGCCUUUCUGAUCGCCUGGACUCCAUUCUGGCGCUUAUCGAGACGUUCACUGGCGGAAACGACGGAAACUCAUCCGUUUCACCCGUUUUGGCCACUGUACCCAGUCUCUUGGCCAAGACGUCGGCUGUUUUCAAUCCCAUCAUUUAUGGGUUUUUUUAAUACUCAGUUUAAAUUGACUUGGGAUAAAUUCUCACUACGGUUCCUCCAUCGAUCCAGUCGCCCAUCAGCCUCAGCCAAUGAACAUUCCCAGCCGGUCCAAUUUCUCGACUCUUCUGGCUAUUAUUCAACAAGGAAUUUGACUCGAAAUGUUACAAUCCCACCAUCCAAAGAACAUCAGAAACAUCAUCGACUUUUGUGUCGAGCAAGUACAUCAAGAAAGUGAAAUAAUUUAGUCGCAUCAUGUCGUCGCUUUAAUGCAUUCAAAAAGUCGACUCGUUCAGAAUUCACAACUUUAGAGCAAGAAUAUCACCUUUUUCUCUAAUUCCCCACCAGAUUUGUAAUUCAAACUCAUUCAAAGUAACGAGUUCUCCAUCCUCUCAACUUUGAAGUUUGAACCACUGUUAAAAAAUCAGUUGAAAAGUUUUGAGCCGAGUCUCACCGAAAAGUUAAUAAUGACGUACAACAUUUCUAAGCGAGACUUAAUAAUUAAUACAGAAAGAUGUUCUUACUAAAAAAAUUGCGGGACCGGAUUUUUUUACGUGCACCAAGAAGACGAUCGAUCGUUGCGCAACGUAAAAAAAAGGGACUCGCCUGUGAACCUCGCUCACUGUCAUCCCACACUGUAUACGGACUUUACAGCUGUUGCGUAGGAUGCCGUCGCCGUCGCCGUCGCCGCCGUCGCGCUCUCUAUAAAAGAAGAUCAAUUCUUCUAGCCAAGGCUGACUUUUAGUCUGAGUGCCACGGCACACGCAGUCUCCCACUUGUGUUGGUUCUAGUCCUUGAAGAUUCCAGCCUUUCUGCUCUAGCGAACAUUUAUUAUCCGUUUUUCUAUUACGUCGAAGUGAAAUGUCGACCGUCGUGUUCGAGACGAGCGACGCUAAAGUUCUUUGGGUCGUUCUGGCGACACUUCUAUCGUGUGCUAGUGCUUCAAGUUGGGAUGGAAGGAAUGUAGUAGUCUUUGAUGACUACGUUCCACACCAGCAAUACCUGAUGGUCAGUGCCAAUCAAAAUGUUUCGGAAUAUUCGGUGGACGACCCCGGCGGUCAUCAUCACCUGUUGAUGCCAAUUUGGGCUUAUCAGAUGGCCGCCAGUUACCUGUUCUUCAUUUGCGUGAUUGGAUUGAUUCUCAAUACCAUCGUCGUCAUCGUCCUUAUCAACGAUCCAAAGAAAAUGACACCUUUAAAUUGGAUGCUGUUGAACCUGGCCUGUUCCGACGGCAUCAUCGCUGGAUUCGGAGCACCAAUAUCAGCAGCUGCCGCUUUCCAUUGCGGAUGGCCUUUCAGCCAUGAAUUGUGCGUCGUUUACGCCAUGAUAGUAUCGACGACAGGAAUAGCAUCGAUUACCACUUUAUCAGCUCUGGCCAUGUUGCGAUGCAAACUCGUCGUCCAGAAGCACGUCCAUCCGCCAAAUCGAAUCAGCGCCUUUACAAACCACAGCGUCCGGCUGAAACGUCACCAGGCCGCGCUCCUUUUGACGCUCAUUUGGAGUUACUCCCUGGCCGUCACCUGUCCACCCUUGUUCGGAUGGGGCCACUAUGACCGUGAAGCUGGUCACAUCAGCUGUUCGGUGAAUUGGGAAUUGAAGGUGGUUAAUAACCGAUCCUACAUCUUCUACGUGUUCGCCAUGGGCCAGUUAGUCCCAUCGGUGAUCAUCGUGGCCUCCUAUUUCAGCAUUUUACGCGUCGUCCGAAAAGUCAAGAGGGAAAUUGAACAGAGGAGUCUACUAGUGAAGCUGCAAACUAGCAUGCAGAAAAAUCGACGGCGUGACGCGGCCGAGAAACGAUCGACGGUGAUGGUGGCCGUCAUGAUCGGGGCUUUCAUCAUCACCUGGACCCCGUAUUCGAUUUUGGCGCUCAUCGAAUUUUUCAGCGACGAGCAUACCGUUUCGCCGGUUUGGGCCACUGUGCCUUGUAUUUUCGCCAAGACGGCGGUCGUUCUCAAUCCCAUUAUUUACGGCUUUUUAAACACUCAGUUUCGAUUGACUUGGGAGAAAUUCUCAAUCAGAUUUCUCGGCCGGCCCGGACGCCCUUACAGUGGCCAGUUGGCAGGCACGUCGAGCAACGAGCAUCCGCAAACGAGACAGCUUGCCGACUUUUCCCCUGCUGGCCGGCUGACAAAAAUCUUGGCGCAGAGCAUCAAUUCAUCGUCGAAAACCCGACAGAAUCUCAGCAGUCCUCCUUGUCUAGUUGAACGGCAACAACAACAAGAAGAAGGAGAGGAGAAACAAGAAAGUGUUUUGAUUGACGACCCAAACCAACUGCCAUCUCCGUCUUUGAUAAGCCCAGCAUCAGAAGCGACUGCGACCAGAUCGAGUAAUCCUUGUGUCAGAAUGGAAGGAGACCAACAAAAGGAGCAGCCCGUUUCGCUGGAGAUCGUUCGGUACCUCCCCAACGCCGACCUUCACCAAAUUCGGAUGCUGCAUCCGCUGGGAAUGCAUUAACGAAUCAGUAGACAAUAGAUUUCUCUUUCAAUCCCAAAUAACUGUUAUUUUGCGGAGCCCAUCAAGCUCUAUUGGAAGGGGGGACGAACGUAUUACAUUUGAUUUUUGGAUAGUUUGUUCUUCGACGGGGUGCAACGCUUCCGGACUUGGUAUAUUUUGGGCGAUCCGGUUGGAAAUCAUUCCGCUACAAGAUUGAACUAUAUUGUAUUUUGCGGUGUGCUUUUGGCGACCCGAAUUCUUUCGAUAUUUGAUUGAAAAUGUGAACUUGUACAUCUAAUUAGACCGUUUUGUAUUGUUUCUCGGUAAAAUGUUAUUGACAAAUCUCGGCAAUUCGCUUAGCAACGUUUCCUCAUCCGUAAAACAUCAAGGACGGGAAAUCGAUUUUGAUGUACAGACUCAUAAAAUGUAGUCCAUGCGCAAACAUUGUAUUUCCAAAGUGGCAGUAUAAAAAAACAAAAAAACAAUUCGAUUCUAAAUACAUUUCACGAGAAAUUACAGUCGA